AGGCGCAUGGGCGGCAGGUUGGUACCCAAAGUGCCAGAGAGGACCCCAAACCCCUGGUUGAGGGGGUUAGGCUUCCCGGGAAAGGAUGGCUCGGCCAGUCAGUCCCAUAGCUCCGUUUCCACGCCUGCCACCCGCCCCCCUGCGCCUGCGGGAUGGGCCGCCCUCUCAAGCAAUCCCUGGGGCUUGGGCUCACUGCAGCCUAGUGUCCGGCAACGAACAGCUCCAGCCUCGCAGGGGUCGCUGGAGGUUCCCAUCUCAGCUCCUGGACUUACUGGGGGUCUCCCUGGGCGAGCGGACUUUACAGAGCACUGUCGGUCCACAGCCCCCACUGCUACUGCAUCCGAGAAAGGCAGCCUCGCGCCUCAAAGUUCUGCCAGGCCAAGGCUGAGCCCCGGAGGCUCCCCUUUCAUUUUCGCGGUCCGAGUGUACGCGGGACAGGCGUCGGCACGGCGCAGCCUCUGGACCCUUAGCACCGGGAACCGCUUCCGGGGCGGAAGCUUUUUGUAGCUGACCCGUCGCGGCCGUGACGCCAAAGCCCAGACGGAAGUGCAGGCGGAGGAGCCGGAGCCGGAGCCCGAGACUGAGCCCCAGCCGGGAGCAGGUCUCGGGGGGCGGGCUCCGGGCUGUGGGAACUGCUGGGCCUGGCAGCGAUGGCGACUCUGUGGGGAGGCUUUCUACGGCUUGGCUCCUUGCUCAGCCUUUCCUGCCUGGCGCUCUCAGUACUGCUGCUGGUGCAGCUGUCAGACGCCGCCAAGAACUUCGAGGAUGUCCGAUGUAAAUGUAUCUGUCCUCCCUAUAAAGAUAAUUCUGGGCAUAUUUAUAAUAAGAACAUAUCCCAAAAAGAUUGCGAUUGCCUUCAUGUUGUGGAUCCCAUGCCCGUGCGCGGGCCUGAUGUAGAAGCAUACUGUCUACGCUGUGAAUGCAAGUACGAGGAAAGAAGCUCUGUUACGAUCAAGGUUACCAUUAUAAUUUAUCUCUCCAUUUUGGGCCUUCUACUUCUGUACAUGGUAUAUCUUACCCUUGUUGAGCCCAUACUGAAGAGACGCCUGUUUGGACACUCACAAUUGAUACAGAGCGAUGAUGAUGUUGGGGAUCACCAGCCUUUUGCAAAUGCCCAUGAUGUGCUAGCCCGCUCCCGCAGUCGAGCCAAUGUGCUGAAUAAGGUAGAGUAUGCCCAGCAGCGCUGGAAGCUUCAAGUUCAAGAGCAGCGAAAAUCCGUCUUUGACCGUCAUGUUGUCCUCAGCUAAUUGGAAAUCAUACUGCAGGUGAUUAGAAAGAAAUAAGGCAGACAACUGAAAAAAAAAUUGACUGAGUAUUCCUGGGUUUUGUUUUAAUACCCUGUUGAUUUCACCAACUCUUGCUGGGAAAUUCAGCAUUGGAAACAAAAAUGUGCUUGGUAUUUUCUUUUCUUGUUAAGGUAUUAAUACAGACAUUUUUAAAAGCACACACCUCAAAGUCAACCAAUAAACCUUUUUCCUAUUUGUGACUUUUACUAAUAAAAAAUAAGUCUGCCUGUAAAUUAUCUUGAAGUCCUUUACCUGGAACAAACACUGUCUUUUUCACCACACAGUUUUAACUUGGUUUUCAAGAUAAUUUUCAGGUGUUGUUUUGUUUUGUUCUGUUUUGUUUUUCUGGCAGGGGCGGGGAGGGUUGUGUGGGAAGUGGUUAGCUUAACUUUUCUCAAGUCACUUUACUAAACACACUUUUGUAAAUAGACUUAACAUUCUAUUUUCAAGUUUCAUUUAUAUUUUGCAGUGUAGCCAGCCUCAUCAAAGCCCUGAAUUACCCAUUUGAAUUUUGCACUGACUAUAUUAUCUAGGUAUCUGGUUCGCCUGUGGCUGCACUUCAUGGUAAAGUGGAUCUGAAAUACCUGGUGGCUCUUCAUAAAAUGCAGGUUUUCCUCAUGUACUGUGAUGUCCGAUGCAAUGCAUCCUAGGACAAACUAGCAAUUUGCUAGUUUACUCUAAUGACUAAACAUAGUCUGGUGUGUGUGGUCUUUCUCAUCUUCUUCUAGUAUCUUUAAGGAUGAAUCCUAAGAACUUGGACACUUGCAAUAAAGGAAUUUUCUUUUACCCCAAGCCUCUCUGGAUUGGUGACAUACACACCUUUGUCAACAUUUCCGGUCAGGUGGAGAGGCAGCUGUUUGAGCUCUAGUGUGUUCUGGGGUUCUGGGGGCCUCCUUUUGAAACGUGUAACAGUUAUUGGAUAACUGGCUUUUUUCUUUGGACGUCCUCUUUGGAAUGUAACAAUAAAAAUAAUUUUUGAAACACUUA